AUGGCUGAUGUAGAAGAACCACAAUAUACCACUUUAGCAGAGCGAAUUGCCGCUCUGAACAGACAAAAGAAUUUCCAAUCGCCGUCAGCAGCCAGCGGCAAGCGACCGCCGCCGCCGCCGCCGCCUACGAGCCAACCGAAGCCACCUAUACGACAGGCAACAAGCCCAGAUGUCUCAAUACACAAGACACCAACAAUCCCUGCACGUCCAGCAUCCAAGGCUGGCGUCCCUCCGCAGCUCCCUAGAAGGAGUACCGCUCAGGUCAUAACCGAAAAGUCACCACCGCUGCCGAGUCGCAACCUCGCACCACCGCUGCCCACCCGGCGCCCGUCACAGACCUCGGUAGCAUCGCCGUCUUCGUCGGCAUCACAGAGCGUCUCGCCCGCUUUGCCGCCUCGCGCAAACUCUGCUCAAUUCGCAAAUGGACGAAGGAACUCCAACGAGUCUGACAUCUCAUAUAUAUCCACCAUCUCCAACCUGUCCCUGAAUCAGACCAAUUCGGUGGACCAGCAACAGCCGGGUGCAAGAAGGCUUCCGCCGACCCUUGACCAAGCGAACCUACCCGUGUUGCCGCCAACUCGGCGGGAGCUAGAGGCAAAAGCAAAAGAAGCUUCGGCCAACGGCACGAUCAACCCAAAUGCGUCUCUUCGUUCGAGGACUCCCAUAAGCGAGCCUCCCCGCCCAUCACUCCCGCCAAGACUGCCUUCGCGGCCAGCCAAGUCGCCCCAGGUAAAACCAUACGAGGCAAACGGCGGCCAUGAGCCGGUGGCUCCUCCAACUCUUCCCAGGAGGCUGCCGCCCGUACCUACGAGCUACGAGCGUCCGGCUUCCGGGGAGCCCAAGACUAAGGUCCCCAUCGUCCCUACCACGCAUCAAGAUGUGCCGCCGCCUAUACCACUUGCAUCACGCCCAACGGACCAGCAGAUUGAACAAGUCGUUUCUGGCCGUAGUCUUGCCCCAAAAGUCCCGCAAGUAGCUGGCUGCCUGAUAUGUCGCGACUUUUCAGCCGUGGAUGCCCUGGCCGCACAGUACCCCAUACAGUCGCUGCCACGGCACAACGUUGUCGACUACCUGGCGCGUGCGCUUUGUGACCCAUUCCCAUCGCUGACCGACAAGGCCAGAGCUGUGUUUACUUGGUGCCAUCACAACAUACGGUACGACGUGGAAGGCUUCUUUGGAAACUGUAUACCCCGCGGGUUGACCCCAGACCAGACAAUCUUGAGCGGCAAGGCAGUCUGUGAGGGCUAUGCCAGGGUAUAUCAGUCGAUCGCCGAGCGCGGUGGGCUUCAGUGUGUCGUGGUCACGGGUCAUGGCAAGGGCUACGGAUUCACCGAGGUAGCACCAGGCCAGCCUCCUCCUCGGCGAGACCCCACCGGCCACGCUUGGAACGCUGUGGUACUCGAUGAUGGAAGAUGGAAGCUGGUGGAUGCCUGCUGGGGGGCUGGGCAUCUGGGAGAGGGACAGUCAUACAAUAAAAGCUUUGCGCCACUUCAAUUUACCAGCAGCAACGAAAUAUUCGGGCUCAGGCACUUCCCUUCAGAUUCGCGGCAUUUCUACCGCGAGGACGGACGUAUUCCAACGUGGGAAGAGUACGUUCUCGGGCCAACUCGCGGGCCUAAGGCGCACUGGUACAAUGACGCAGCGGAUGAAGGUCUUUCGGAGUCGACACUGACGCCGGCGGCGAAGUUCAUUCCGGUCAACGAGAGUGAUGACUACGUGCGUUUCCAGAUAGGGAACGUCUGCGAGCACUGGAACAACGAAAUACACGGCAAGGGGAAGCCGCGCCCGUUGAUACUGCGCAUCAAUGGUCGGGGGGGUAACAAUGAAGACUACAUUGCUCUGGAUAAUGAUGGUUUUUGGUGGUGGGUCGACGUUCCCAGGCGUGACCUGGGAAGGCCGGGACAGACGGUCUCAAUCUUUGCAGUCGACACGAUCGGCGAUGAGAGCGCGAGAGGUGUCACAAAGCAAGAGUAUUUGAGCAAGAAGGGUUUAUUUGGCAUGAGUUUUGCCGGUAUCGCAGCCUGGGAGCUGUCGUAA